AUCCUCACUCGGCGUGUCGCGUAUGCUGUUAUAAAGCACAGCUUGGCUGCUCCUCACUGCCAGGCUGCUGCCCAUAGCGGAAAUGACGAUUCUUGUAAGUAUUUUGUAGGUUUGAUACGAUCCGAACGGAUGCGCCGAGGAACAGCCGCCAUAAACAAGUAUCAUCAAACUGAUCAAAUCAUCAAACCUGCAAUUAGCGGAGUUUUUCCACUGAUCAGCGCUAUCUCUGCAGAUCACACAUUUGCGAGCGUUGAAGAGUUCUGGACAAGAAUUCAUUGAAAAUGUGCUAUCUGUGGGUCGGAAUCCUUGGAAUACUUGCCAUGGUGAUGGUGGAUACCGCAGCAGAAAACUGGUUAUUAGAACGAUACUGCGGCAGAACGAUCCACAUUGGCUGUUCAACCGUUAACAACACUGGUCAGAUGUCCUUCUUCAAAUUACCGCCCAACCGCUGCACAGUGCGUAUCCAGGUGUCCGCCCGGUGUGCAGCCGGUACUGCGAUUUUUUUACAGCCUACGUCUUAUGCUCUGGACGCUUCGCAAGAAUUACAAAUACUAGACGAUACGGCACCCCAGCGGAAAUUGCUCCAUCGUAUCGUUGGUCAAAUGGAUAAAGCGGACACAACCGCACAUAUCGUUUCCGCUUUCGGACGUACCUCUUCGUUGCAGCUGAUUCUCAACCCGUCGUCCUCAACCACACAAAAACGACGCCCGGUAGUUUCCCUACGUUACGCCCUCGCAACCAAAUAUAUGCAUCCCAGCGGCCGGAUGCAGUUUUGUCCUAUCAUCAGUGCCUAUUUACCGUCGACGGUGUGCCGAUCCCCCCAAGAUUGUGCCUGGUGCCACGACACUCUGACCACGCCCCACUGUGACAUUCCCAUUAAACAUCCAGACAACCGCGCCCUGGCAGCCACCCUCAACGCCACCAUCAUCAGCUGCAGCGCCACCGUACCUACCGCCGAACUGCUGUCCCAAGUCCAGCGAGCCGCCCGGCAGCCCAUCCGCCCGGCGGGCAUCUUUCUCACGGACCACGCCCAUAUUUCCUCCCGCAUCUUCCACCCUAUCGCCGCGCAUGUCGCCGUUCUCCUGCUGCGCAACUGCCAGGACUCGCGCACUACCGGCAAACUGGCCGACCUUCAAUUUAAUCGGUUGCUGCGGUUUCAUCUGUCCGGAUGCCGGCAGCUAGAUGUCCGGCGGGAUGAUUUUGUCGCCACGCCGGAAGUGAGGAUGAUCGCGUUCCAGAACACCACCAUCAAACACUUGGAGCAGUGGACUUUCAUGGACCUACCAUAUCUGCAGGCGCUGUCGUUGGAAUUCGGCGCGCGGGCCGGCAAAGCGCCUUCAACGGCCGAUUACAAAUACUACUUGAACCGGUUGCACUGCGGCUGCGAGUUUGAGUGGUUUCGUCAGUGGAUGGAUCGUAACCCCAGAUAUAUUCAGUCCAAAGCGGCCCGAGCGGUGUACCACAUCGAUAACUCUUGGACAAACGAUGCCUUUCCCUCCAGUAUGCUGCACUCCCCGUUUAUCUGUCGACGUGGAGGUCCAACUGUUGGAUAUAAAUCGUCCGCUUUUUCUUUAGGCGACAAUCCUUGCUUAGUGUAGCUUGCACGAAAUUGCAUUAAUCCCACGGGGCUUUGUUGCAUAGUCCUUUUUCUAGUGUCUCAGUGUCUGUGACCUUGUUUAUUCAUUUCGCCAUUAGAUGUGUCUGAAUACUGUAAUUUAUUACGGCUCUGAUAUCGAUGUCGUAAUGUUGAUCACUUGUCUCUGCCUUUUUUUGUCACACUAUCUAUAUAAUGCACAAUCCAGGUACGAAUGUACGAAGAUGCACAAUCCAGGUACGAAGAUGAUAAAAUGCGUAAUAUCCGGCGU